AUGGAGCGCGACAGUUCCUGCAGGCGGCUCACGGUGGUCGGCACCAUCCUUGUCUGCGCGGCCCUCUUCUCGCCGCCCGCCGCCGCGCUCAACAUCGGCAUCCAGUCGGCCGGCGACGGCGCGAGCAAGCAGCAGGCGUGCAGCCGCACGUGCGAGUCGGACCACUGCACGACGGCGCCGUUCCUGCGGUACGGCAAGUACUGCGGCAUCCUGUACAGCGGCUGCCCCGGCGAGAAGCCGUGCGACGCGCUGGACGCCUGCUGCAUGCACCACGACAACUGCGUCCAGGCAAAGAUGGACUACCUGAGCACGUCUUGCAACGAGGCGCUGCUGGACUGCCUGGCGAGGCUGCGGGAGGGCACGUCCACGUUCGACGGGAACAAGUGCAUGAUCGACGAGGUCAUCGACGUGAUCUCGGUCGUCAUAGAGGCCGCCGUCGUCGCCGGCAGGGUGCUGCACAAGCCGUAG